CUUUUUCGUUUCUUCCUCUGUUUUUGUCUCUCCUCCUUUUAUGAGUUGGCCGCAACUUGAGGGGCCUCUUCCUUCGGGACUUCGGCCGGAUGAGGGGUCUCCGGAAUGGAUGAACAAAGGGGACAAUGCAUGGGAGCUGACAGCAGCAGCUUUGGUGGCCAUACAGAGCGUUCCUGGGCUUGUAAUCUUGUAUGGUAGCAUGGUGAAGAAGAAAUGGGCAGUGAAUUCUUCCUUCAUGGCCCUUUACGCCUUUGCGGUGGUGCUCAUAUGUUGGGUGCUUUGGGCCCAUGAGAUGUCCUUCGGGGAAAAGAUGUGUCCUAUCCUGGGAAAGCCCAACUUUGCAUUGGGCCAGAAGUAUCUGCUGAAGAGGGCAAAAAUUUGGUACAUCCCGACCGCCACUUACGUGUUCUAUCAAUUUGCAUUUGCUGCCAUCACUGUCAUAUUGCUUGGUGGGUCGGUGCUUGGGCGGAUGAAUUUCUAUGCUUGGAUGUCCUUUGUUCCUCUGUGGCUCACCUUUUCUUACACCAUUGGAGCCUUUAACAUUUGGGGCAGUGGGCUUCUUCAAAACCGUAUCAUAGAUUUCUCGGGUGGUUAUGUCAUUCAUCUUUCGUCCGGGGUGGCUGGUUUCACAGCGGCUUAUUGGGUAGGACCAAGGCUUUCACAUGACAGGCAACACUUUCCACCAAACAACAUAAUUCACAUGUUGGGAGGAGCAGGCUUCCUAUGGGUGGGUUGGACAGGUUUCAACGGCGGGUCUCCAUUUGCAGCGAAUGAGAUCACUUCACUAGCUAUUCUCAACACCCAUAUCUGCACAGCCACCAGCCUCUUCGUGUGGCUGUCAAUGGACAUGUUGGUUUAUAAGAAAAGCUCUGCCAUUGGGGCUGUGCAGGGGAUGAUCACUGGUCUCGUCUGCAUCACUCCUGCUGCAGGGAUAGUGGAACCAUGGGCAGCAGGGUUGAUGGGAGCAAUGUCUGGUUCAAUACCCUGGUACACCAUGAUGGUUUUGCACAGGAAAUCAGCUUUCUUCCAGAAGGUUGAUGACACCUUGGGUGCCUUCCACACACACGCAGUGGCUGGCACUUUGGGAGGACUCCUCUCUGGAAUAUUAGCCAAACCCAGCCUUUUGAAGCUAUACUACACGGAGACAACGUAUGGACCAGGCUUAUUUUAUGGUCUAAUUCAGGGUAGAUUAAUGGACAGUCUAAAACAAAUGGGCUUCCAGAUUCUAGGAGUUGUUUUUGUGGCUGCAUGGAAUGUGGUUGUGACAAGCUUGAUCUGUAUAUUCUUAAGCCGCUUUCUUAAUCUCAGAAUGACAAAGAAACGGUUGCUUAAUGGUUAUGAGAAAUGGCUUAUGACAACACAAAGAGACGAUUGCACGCACGCGGAUGAUAUGAAGAAAGACUCAAGGAUUACACCAUAAAAUUAAGUCUCGCAUCUGGGUUUCGUUUUGGAGCUUCUGCUUCUGGGUUUCUCUGGGUGGAAAAUGGGUCAAUGUGUUUCCCGGUCGAUGGGGUCUGCUGCAAAGGAGAGGAGUGUUGGGUUGAUGGCAAUGGCCAAGGAGAAGAGGUCCAGAUUUUAUAUUGCUAGGAGAUGUGUGGUGAUGCUGCUCUGUUGGCAUAAACAUGGCAAGUAUUAAUCUCCUUCUCUCUCUCUCUCUCUCUCUCCCCUUCUUUGUUUCAGUUUUCUGGAAGUAAAUGUAAUUGGGGAGGGAUGUACAGGGCACAUGACUCGAUCAUUCUCCGGAACAAAGAAAAAGAGAUUGUGGGGAAAAUUAUUUCAUGUCUUCUGUUCUUGUCCUUGUCCCGUGUUCAAUUAUUCAUUCUUGGCCGUGAAGA